AAACCUAGUAGGAUCCACCGCCACCAAAAGAAAGCGUCUGACCAUGUUCCCGCAAGCGUCGAGGUUUCUCCGCACACGUACCUGCAAGAUUCCAACUUCAUCGAAUCAUGGAGCAAAGUUAUACCCAAUUUGGACCCUCCCAAGACUUCAUCUGCUCUCUUCACCCCUUGCCCCGCAAAAGAGGUCGACAUGGUAAUAGUUCCUGCAACAACUGGGCAUAUGGCUGUUUUGCCUAGGCAUGUACCUACAAUUGCUGAACUCAAACCUGAUGUCUUGUCGGUGCAUGAAGUGAAGGAUGUAACAAAAUAUUUGCUCUGCAGUGCCACCAACUUUGUUUCUGAUAUUAUUACUGUGGAAGCAGUGCCCACGACCGCAUUGAGUCUGGCUGAGUUCACCCAAAACCUUGGCUCAGCCACUACUGAUUUGGAGAAAGCUGAAGCCCAAAUUGGCGUUGACGUUCACAGUGCACUCAACUCUGGUAUUACAGGCUAAUACUUCUGUACAUAAUCCACGCAGCUCACUCCCCGUAUUGCUUUCCGAUUUGUGCAUCAACUUUUUUAUAUGCCGACUUCAUCAAAAUUGAUUAAAAAAAUGAUCCUAUCCUUGUUUUAUGCUUUCAUACAAUAGAAGAGGCUGGUCUGUUGAUCCCAAAUAACAGGAACCAAUCAGUUUAUGAGGUUUGGUUUUGGGAAAUAAGUAAUGAAAUGUUAGGUUGCCUUGCGUGCUUUCAUUAUAAUAAUCA